AUACAUCUUUUCUUUCUCUCUCUAAAUCUCAUUCAUGGCGGAAGAGGAACUACUACAAGAUUCUAAAGUCAAUCAUCCCUCUCCAAAGCCUGCAAAUCAUUCCUUACAGUUUGUGGAGGUUCAAUGUACAAGUUCUGGAGAGAUUAGGCGUUUUGCUAAUGGAACAGAUGCUAGAUUUGCUUUAUCUUUGAUAAAUAGAAAGGUUGGAAAGAAGUUUCCAUUAGCAUCUCAUAUUGAAGCAGCAAAGGAGAAAGAGGUGCCUGUUAGCUUCGGUCCAGGUGCAAUUCUUGUAGACUAUGGGGACGGUUGGAAAUUGCAAACAGUCACCGAAUCAGAAGGUACUUUCAUGCCAGAACAGAGAAAAUCCCGAAUUCCUUCUGCAGAGGGUUUGCACGAAGAAACAAAUAUUGAGGAUGGUAUAAUAAAAACCGACAUAACGAUGGGGUAUAUUGGGAAGAUUUUGCUGGCUUUUGUUAUAAUGUUUGUGAUAGGGGCUUUUUUCACAUUAGCUCUAGAGAAUCUUCCUAGGUUUCUCUUAUUUAUCAAUUCAUCUAUGCAAUGAUGGUUACAAAUAAUACUACAGUUAUUGUAUAAUUUGAUUAAUUUGGAUGUUAUAAUUUAAAUAAAUUGUGUAAUGAAAAUGUAUUAUUGAACAUAUUAUCAUUUGAAAUUAUUUACUUUUUGAGAAAAAAAAAAUUAUUUUGUAUUGUUUACAUGAAAGUGACCUGAUAAAUUUCAAUACUAAUUUUUUU